UGUUAUUUUAUUUUUAAAAAAGCGUCUUCUCCGUUCAAUGCGGAAGGAACCUCUCUCAUUCGUCUCUCGGUGCAGCACGACGGACCUUCCGUUCGUCCGUCAAGGCUAGGGUUUCCUCCCCAACGAAGAAAGAACUCCCUUUUUUCCUUCUCUCCAUGAUCAAACUAAAAGGGUGAAAUGAUUCUAUUCUCUUCCUUCUCUCCUCCACCAAUGUCCACCGCCUCACCUCUUCCGUCCGUCGAAUUCCCGUCCGUCACCCCACGACCCACCCCAUCCUCCUCCGACACCAUCUGGCACGGCAACAUCGAGUACCUCCUCAACAUCUCCGCCGUUGGAGCCUCCGUCUGCGUCCUUCUCUUCCUCCUCGUCAAGCUCCGCAGCGAUCAUCGCCGCAUCCCCGGUCCCACCGCCCUCCUCUCCAAGCUCCUCGCCGUCUGGCACACCACCCUUCCCCAGAUCGCCUCCCACUGCGGCGCCGAUGCCGCUCAAUUCCUCCUCCUCGAGGGCGGCAGCUCCUCCAUCCUCCUCUCUCUCUCCCUCCUCUCCCUCUCUCUCAUCCUCCCCAUCAAUCUCUACGCGGGGUCCAACCCUCUCGACGACCAAUUCUCCAAGACCACCAUCAUCCACAUCCCCAAAUCCUCUCCACUCCUCUGGCUCCACUUCCUCUUUACUGCCCUUGUCGUUGUCUUCUUCCACUUCGGCAUCUCCUCCAUCGAGGAACGCCUCAGAAUUACCAGAUUCCGUGAUGCCAACGGCAAUCCAAGCGACACCAAUUCUAACUCCGUCGCCAUCUUCACCAUCAUGGUGCAGGGGAUCCCCAAAUCACUGGCUGCUGACAAGGCCCCGCUCGAGGAGUAUUUCCACCACCGCUAUCCGGGUAAGGUCUAUCGUGUCAUUGUGCCGUUCGAUUUGUGCUCGUUGGAUGAUUUGGUCACUGAAUUGGUGAAGGUCCGAAAUGAUAUUUCUUGGUUGGAAGCCCGUAUCGAUUCUCGGGUUUUGUCCGAUGGCAGCGAGAUUGGAGGAGAGAGUUCUUCCCCUCCAUCUGUGGAAGGAUUCCGGAGACGGAUUCUUGGUUUUUGGUGGAGAUUGAGAGAUUUAUGGAUGACACAUGUCUCCGUUCGAUUGGGUUUGACCGAUGAGGAUCGGUUACGGAGAUUGCAAUUAUUGGAGAUGGGUUUGGAGAGCAAACUGCGGCUUUAUAAAGAGGGCCAAGCGCCAGGUGCUGGAAUUGCAUUCGUGAUAUUCAAAGAUGUUUACACCACUAACAAGGUCGUGCAGGAUCUCCGGACUGAGAAGAAGCGGCCUCUCAGGACAUUCUUCUCUGUCAUGGAGUUGAAACUCGAGCGGAGCCGGUGGAAGGUUGAACGGGCCCCACCGGCGGCGGACAUUUACUGGAACCAUCUGGGCUCUAGCAAACUCUCUCUGAGACUGCGUCGGGUUGCGGUAAACACAUGCCUCCUGUUGAUGCUGCUGUUCUGGAGCUCUCCGCUCGCCGUGAUCACCGCUGUGAAGACUGCUGCUCGGAUCAUCAAUGCGGAAGCAGUGGACAGUGCACAAGUAUGGUUAGCUUGGUUGGAGAGUUCGAGCUGGGCUGCGACGGUCAUUCUCCAGUUCUUGCCGAAUGUACUUAUAUUCGUGAGCAUGUAUAUAGUGAUCCCAUCACUGCUGUCAUAUCUGUCCAAGUUUGAGAGGCAUCUGACUGUGUCUGGGGAGCAGCGGGCCGCGUUGUUGAAGAUGGUCUGCUUCUUUCUGGUGAAUCUCAUUCUGUUGCGUGCUCUUGUUGAAUCUUCAUUGGAGAAGGCGAUACUAAGUAUGGGAAGAUGUUAUUUAGAUGGAGAAGAUUGCAAGCGGAUUGAGCAAUACAUGAGUGGUUCAUUCUUAUCAAGGUCAUGUCUCUCUUCCCUCGCAUUCCUGAUCACAAGCACAUUCCUGGGAAUAUCAUAUGAUUUGCUGGCUCCAAUCCCUUGGAUAAAGGAGAAGCUGCGUAAGUUUCGGAAGAAUGACAUGCUGCUGCUGGUCCCAGAACAGACUGGAGACUACCCAUUAGAAAGCCAGGUAGAGGACACUCUUCAGAGGCCUCUCAUGCCUGAAAGAGAGUCAGAGGUUGGCAGCAAUGGUGUAUCUCAUGGGACAGGCUUAAAUGGCAUCGACCUUCAAGGGCAAGAUCUUUCAGUGUACCCAAUCAGCAGGACCUCCAAUGUCCCGAAGCAGAAAUUUGAUUUCGCGCAGUACUAUGCCUUUAAUCUGACAAUAUUUGCACUGACCAUGAUCUAUUCUGCAUUCGCUCCACUUGUGGUCCCUGUAGGUGCGUUUUACUUUGGGUAUAGGUACGUGGUCGACAAAUAUAACUUUCUAUUUGUGUAUAGAGUCCGUGGUUUUCCUCCGAUCAAUGAUGGAAAGCUGAUGGAUAGUGUGUUGUGCAUCAUGCGGUUCUGUGUAGUGCUUUUUCUUCUGUCGAUGCUUCUCUUUUUCUCAGUCCAAGGAGACUCUACGAAGCUGCAGGCCAUAUUUACACUUGGGUUGUUAUUGUUGUAUAAACUGCUGCCUUCAAAGAAUGAUGGUUUUCAACCAUCUAUCUUGGAAAGCAUGCAGACUGUUGAUAGUGUUGUGGAUGGGCCGACUGAUUAUGAGGUUUUCUCACAACCCAAUUUUGAUUGGGAUACAUAUCAUCUAUAAUGGAAGUGUGAACUUGAUUCAGCUAUUUGCUGACUUUC